UUCUCCUAUCUCAUUUUUCCUCUUCCUCCUCAAAAAUAUCAAAUGCGUAUGGAUGGAUAAAACCAUCUCCACGUAGAAUCAAAUCCCACAACACCCCAAUUCCCCCUACCCACCAGUUCCUUCUCAGUCUCUCUCCAACUCUCUCUCAAAGCUUCUCCUUUUCUUCUUCUUCUUCUUCUUCUUGCGUCUACUACACUAUAAAAGAUCAAAAAAGAGGAGCUUUUUCUUUUAUAUAUGAUAUACAGAGCUUGGUGGUAGUACCAAAAAUGGCGUGUUCUACAUCCCACCACCUCCUCUCCUCCGCCACCACCACCACAACCUUGUAUGGCUCCCAACUCAACCCGAGACCCCGCACAAACCCUCUUCUCCUCCUCCCUAGAAGACCCAGAUCCGCCAAAUCCUGCCUCCUCCCUCCCCGAAACCCAAAACCCAUCUCCCAAGACCACCCAAGCUCCGGUAAAAAUCUCACCUUUGGCUCCGCCGUGGCCACCUUCCUCCUCACCCACGGGGCCCUGCUCUCCCCGGCCAUGGCCGAGGACUCGGCCCCGGCGCCGGCGCCGGCGCUGGAGCAGAGCCCUCCGGCGCAAUUCGAGGCCGCGGCGAAGGAGCCGAGCGCUUCGCAGGCGAACCCCUUCGCCCAGGCCCUGCUCACGGCGCCGAAGCCGCAGAGCUCGUCGUCGUCCUCCGACCUCCCCGAGGGCUCCCAAUGGCGGUACAGCGAGUUCCUGAGCGCGGUGCGGAGGGGGAAGGUGGAGCGCGUGCGGUUCAGCAAGGACGGGUCCACGCUCCAGCUCACGGCCGUGGACGGGCGCCGCGCCGCCGUGGUGGUGCCCAACGACCCCGACCUGAUCGACAUCCUCGCCAUGAACGGCGUCGACAUCUCCGUCUCCGAGGGCGACUCCGGCAACGGCCUCUUCAACCUCAUCGGCAACCUCCUCUUCCCCUUCCUCGCCUUCGCCGGCCUCUUCUUCCUCUUCCGCCGCGCCCAGGGCGGCCCCGGCGCCGGCCCCGGCGGCCUCGGCGGCCCCAUGGACUUCGGCCGCUCCAAGUCCAAGUUCCAGGAGGUCCCCGACACCGGCGUCACCUUCGCCGACGUCGCCGGCGCCGACCAGGCCAAGCUCGAGCUCCAGGAGGUCGUCGACUUCCUGAAGAACCCCGACAAGUACACCGCCCUCGGCGCCAAGAUCCCCAAGGGCUGCCUCCUCGUCGGCCCCCCCGGCACCGGCAAGACCCUGCUCGCCCGCGCCGUCGCCGGCGAGGCCGGCGUCCCCUUCUUCUCCUGCGCCGCCUCCGAAUUCGUCGAGCUCUUCGUCGGCGUCGGCGCCUCCCGCGUCCGGGACCUCUUCGAGAAGGCCAAGUCCAAGGCCCCCUGCAUCGUCUUCAUCGACGAGAUCGACGCCGUCGGCCGCCAGCGCGGGGCGGGGCUCGGCGGCGGCAACGACGAGCGCGAGCAGACCAUCAACCAGCUCCUCACUGAGAUGGAUGGCUUCUCGGGGAACAGCGGGGUCAUCGUUUUGGCCGCCACCAAUCGCCCCGACGUGCUCGAUUCCGCCCUGUUGCGCCCGGGCCGAUUCGAUCGCCAGGUUACCGUCGAUCGGCCCGAUGUCGCCGGGAGAGUCAAGAUCCUGCAGGUUCACUCCCGAGGGAAAGCACUGGCGAAGGAUGUUGACUUUGAGAAGAUCGCAAGAAGAACACCUGGCUUCACCGGGGCUGAUCUGCAAAACCUGAUGAACGAAGCAGCUAUUCUUGCCGCCAGACGCGACCUUAAGGAGAUUAGUAAGGAUGAGAUCUCUGACGCCCUUGAGCGGAUAAUCGCUGGGCCGGAGAAGAAAAAUGCAGUCGUCUCAGAGGAGAAGAAGAAACUAGUAGCAUAUCAUGAGGCCGGCCAUGCCCUCGUGGGCGCGCUCAUGCCGGAGUACGAUCCGGUUGCUAAGAUUUCCAUUAUUCCUCGAGGUCAAGCUGGCGGGCUCACUUUCUUUGCUCCUAGCGAAGAGAGGCUCGAGUCUGGACUAUACAGCAGGAGCUAUCUGGAGAACCAGAUGGCUGUCGCCCUCGGUGGAAGGGUAGCGGAAGAGGUGAUCUUCGGCGAAGAGAAUGUGACGACUGGAGCUUCUAACGACUUUAUGCAGGUUUCGCGUGUGGCAAGACAAAUGGUUGAAAGAUUUGGGUUCAGUAAAAAGAUUGGGCAGAUUGCGAUAGGUGGGCCUGGUGGAAAUCCAUUCUUGGGCCAGCAGAUGUCACCGCAAAAGGACUAUUCCAUGGCUACUGCCGAUGUGGUCGACGCCGAGGUGAGGGACCUUGUGGAGAAGGCUUAUUCCAGGGCCAAGCACAUCAUCAACACCCACAUAGAUAUCCUGCACAAGCUUGCACAGCUGCUUAUUGAGAAGGAGACUGUAGAUGGGGAGGAGUUCAUGAGCUUGUUCAUUGAUGGCCAAGCAGAGCUAUUUGUUGGAUGAGAGAAACUUAGUUGAAUCAAUUUUGCUUUCCUGUUGUGUAUAACAUACUUGGUGGCCUCAAACACAAAAAUACACAUUGAUGUAGUUCACUAAAGGUUUUUCUGUUGUGCUUAAUUUUGUUUAUUAACUCGCACUGUUAAAGUUUAGGUCAAACAAAUACAAAGCAAAUGUUAUCAGCUUCAACAA